GUAAUGACUUCUCUGACGUCUUGGCACCUCCCUCUGUGGCCGUCCCAAGGCAUGCUGGGAACGUCACUAGGGCUGUCUCCGCUCCCAGAGUGCUCCUUCCUGGUUCCUGGACCUUGCUUUAGGGAGCUUUAGGGAACUGGAGUGAAGCAGUGCUUAGGCGCGGCCGGGGCUCCCUUCUCUGGCAGAGGAGACUUUCUGCUCUUUGCGUCCUAGGGAGAGAGAAGACGCGGGUGGCCGCGUUGUGGGUAACUGAGCCCGGGAUUGUGGGGGAAGGAGGCGGUGGGGAGAGACGCGGAGCUUCCCCACCUGGGCACCGUAGAGGUGCGGCAGGGCGGUGUUUGGGAGUGUCAGUGAGUGUGGUGGGGCGAGUGUGAUGUAUCUCUGGGUCCGUGUCUCACGUGUGUCCGUGUCUAUCCAUCGCUUUAAAGGAUUACCCCAAAGGGACAAACACAGAAGUGCCGGUGUCCGGCGGGGCGGCUCUGUCUGGAACCCGAGCCUUGCCGGGGCUUUGCCCGGGCCCAGAGGAGAGAACGCCCCGCCCGCACCGGAACCGGGAGGCAGCUGGGGGAGGGGUUGCGGGGGCUGGUCCGGGCCCUUCCCCAAAGGGGACUCUCAAGUUAGAACCAACCCAGGGGAGAAGCCUGCGUGAGUCAUGGGGCUGCGGGGGAUGCCUGUGCCCACAUGCCAUCAGGCUCGGAUCGCGGGCACUGAAGCAAAGCCACUACGAUCUCCCCAGCCCUCACCUGGUGCCAGUCUUCCCCUGCAGUGCCCCCCCCUUGACCCCACUCCCCAGUAACCUCAGCUCCAAGGAGUUCCCUCAAUGCACCCCUUCCAGCCAAUGCAAUUUCUGAAUUGAGUGAAGGCAAAGAUGGCGCCCGAGAGGGUGGGAGGCUUCUUCCUGGCCAGUCCAAGGUAUUUUCAAGCCUGAGGCUUCCUGUGUGAGGCCAGAGAAGGACCUGGGAGCCCCUCUGAACCCUGAGUCUCCGCAGCUGUACAAAGCGGAAGUCUGCCCACCUUGGGGCUCCCAUCCCUUGAAGAACCACAGUCUGUCUGGAACAGAGACCCCGGAGCCAGAAGGAAUGGCCCCCGGGACCCUGAGGUUCCCUUCCCAGGGGUCAAUAACAUUGAGGGAUGUGGUUGUGGACUUCACCCAGGAGGAGUGGUGCCUGUUGGAUCAUCCUCAGAAAGAGCUGUACAAAGAGGUCAUGGUGGAGAAUGUGCAGAAUCUACAAUCUGUGGGGGUUAGAGUUCCCAGAGAAAAAUUUGGCACCUGUUUUCAGCAAGGGCAAUCACCAUCGCUGCCAGAACAAAAAGACCAAUGGGAUUCUUGUCCAGAGGCAGAGACUAAUUUUGAAGUGAAAGAGAUGUGUAACAAGCUGAGCUUUUUUAUAGAAGGAUCUCGCUCCCAGAAGUUCAUCAAUAAGGGUCCUUGUGACUUUAUUGUGAGUGAAAUCUGUGAGUCUGAUAAUAAGGUAAAUAAAAUUCCAAUGAGUGACUAUGAAUUUGGUGAAACUGCAGAGAAAUUCAGCCAAUAUUCAGUCCUAAAUCAACAUAUGAAAUUGAACUUAGGAUUUGACUCUUCUCAGGGUAGUGAAUACAGCACAUGUUUUCCUGAAGAAGUAGAAUUUACUAAGUUGCCAGAGAAACCUCCUGAAAUGCUCAUGUAUCAAGGUAACCUAGGUGAAAUGGCCUUUGACUGGAGUUUAGACCUCAUUAGCCAUCCAAAAACGAAAUGUAUAAAGAUGCUUACUGUGAAUAAUGAAGUUGGGAGACCUUGCCAUCAAAUCUCUGAGCUUGGUUCUCAUCAAAUAUGCCCCUCUGGAGAGAAGAAGCCUCAUGAAUGUACACAAUGUGGAAAGGCUUUUACAGUUAGUACCAACCUUAUCAGACAUCAGAGAAUCCACUCUGGAGAGAAACCUUAUGAAUGUAAACAGUGUGGAAAGACAUUCACUUGGAAGUGCCAUCUUGCCAGUCAUUUUAGAAUUCACACUGGAGAGAAACCUUAUGAAUGUAAACAAUGUGGAAAGGCUUUCUCCCGGAGGAGCCGUCUUGCUAUACAUCAGAGAAUCCACACUGGAGAGAAACCUUUUGAAUGUACACAGUGUGGAAAGACUUUCACACAGAGAAAGUAUCUUGCUUCACAUCAGACAAUCCACACUGGAGAGAAACCUUAUAAAUGUAUACAGUGUGGAAAGACUUUCACAGAGAAGGGCUCUCUUCGUCUACAUCUAAGAAUCCACACUGGAGAGAAACCUUAUGAAUGUACUCAAUGUGGAAAGGUUUUCACUCGGAGGCGCCAACUGGUUUCACAUCAGACAAUCCACACUGGAAAGAAACCUUAUGAAUGUAAACAAUGUAGAAAGGCUUUCAUACAGAAGGGUUCACUGAUUUUACAUCUGAGAACCCACACUGGAGAGAAACCUCAUGAAUGUAAACAAUGUGGAAAGGCUUUUACAGAGAAGGGUUCUCUUAUUGUACAUCUGAGAACCCACACUGUAGAGAAACCUCAUGAAUGUAAACAAUGUGGAAAGGCUUUUACAGAGAAGGGUUCUCUUGGUGCACAUAAGAGAAUCCACACUGGAGAGAAACCUUAUGAAUGUAAACAAUGUGGAAAGGCUUUCACACAGAAGGGUUCUCUCAUUUUACAUCUGAGAACCCACACUGGAGAGAAACCUUUUGAAUGUAAACAAUGUGGAAAGGCUUUUACAGCGAAGGGUUCUCUUAUUGUACAUCUGAGAACCCACACUGGAGAGAAACCUUUUGAAUGUAAACAGUGUGGAAAGGCUUUUACAAAGAAGGGUUCUCUUGGUUCACAUCAGAGAAUCCACAGUGGAGAAAAACCUUAUGAAUGUAAACAAUGUGGAAAGGCUUUCAAACACAAGGGUUCUCUUAUUUUUCAUCAGAGAAUCCACACUGGAAAGAAAUCUUAUGAAUGUAGACCACAUGGAAAGUCUUUUUGAACUAGAUCUCAUCUUUGUAAACAUCAGAGAGUUCACACUAGUGAGAAAUCUUAUGAAUGUAUGUAAUGUGGAAAGGCUCUCUUAUUAAACAUCUGAGAAUCCACACUGAGAAAUUUUAUGGAUGCAAACAGUGAAGGAAGGCUUUCACACUGAGGAAAUGUCUUUCUGUAUAUCAGAGUACCUACACUGGAAAGAACCCUCAGAAAUAUAGGCAAUGUGGAAAAGCUUUCACACUGAAGAGUCAUGUUGCUAGGCAUCAGAGAAUCCACAUUGGAAUAGAAUCAAGUUCCAUAGUUGUUUCAUUUCAGAAAAUCCUCACUGUAGAGAAACCUCAUGCAUGAUACUGAUCUUAUAAUUUCCACUUUAAUUUAUUUAACAUGAAAUAAUCCGCACUACAGAGAAACUAUAAGAAUAUGAUCAAUGUGGUAAGGCCUUCCGGGAACAGUCAUGUUAUUCCCAAUUGAGAAUUCCUUUUGGAUUGAAAUCUUAUUCCUCUCAUUUAUGAAGAAAGACAUUGAAAUGGAGAGUCCAGUUUCAUCAAUAUGAGAUGAUGUCUUCUGAACAGAGCAGUUCCAGAUGGAUUUCCUAUAGGAAGGCUUUCAGCCAGAGAUCAUCUCUUACUUCAUGUCAGAGGAUUCAUAGUGCAGAAAAACCUGAUGAAUGUUCUCAACCUGUAUAUGUUUUCUUCUGGAUGAGGGUGAUCACUAUUACUUAGAAAACUAGAAAAGGCUUUUUGCUAGAGCCCAGACUUUAUAUAUGGUCCCAAAGAGGAGCCCUCAUUAAAUACCCCAAAUUUCUUACUGUGCAAAAAAAUGUUACAAUGAUAAAGACUUUUUCUCUGAGAUCCUAAUGCUUGUCAUUCUUCACUAUUUGUCAGCAUUCAUCUAUCACAGUUUUUUACCCACUCUAGUUAAUUGGCCCUUGUUUCCUUCUUUUGUUGUCAUAUAUAGAUCUCAUAGAAACAAAAUAAGAAUGCAUGAAAUAAAUGUCAAAGGAUGGGGAUCUGAGCCCUACUGCUCAUUCCAUUCUAUACAUGGUGUCAGACUCACGAUGCAUUUGGAUGAUUUAUGGGUGUGAACAGAAGUCCCACCCCUGCGAUGAUGUAAUAAUGGAGAAUAACACCCUUCAUAAGCAAGAGGCCAGACACCCACUUUUCUGGGGAUGAUGGUGAUGGAGACACAUUUUUUUGCUUAAGGGAAUCUCAUUUCCCCUUUGAGAAAUCAUUAUUUUCAGAGAUAUAACUCCAUUCAUUCUUCAUUAAAUCAAAAUGUUGCACAAUAAAAGAAAGUAGUAAUUACUCCUCCCUCUGAUAAUUACUUUCCCUCUAGUUAGAGUCCUAAUAAUGGAGAAGUGAAUAAGAAUUUCACCAGGAAACAAGGAGUUUUAAACAAAUUACUUCAAUUUUCUUUCAAAAAUAGCCAAUAAAAUAUUUCAUGGGUACAUAACAUCAUGUAACAUUCAAUAAAGCUAUAUUACAUAUUGUAUUAUAUCAUCAUUUUAAAAAUGUUACAUUGUAUAACAAUGUAUUAAAGAGUUUAAUGUUACUUUUCAUAUCAUAUGAUAUUAUAAUUUUAUAGAAAUUAUAUAGGUGGGGUACUUAACGGAGGAACCAAAGUUCAGUUCUUUGGGGAAUAAAUAUAUGGUGACCCUCCCUUUCUCUCAAGUUGAGCUGUUGACCAAUGGAGUCAGUCUGACUAGACAAAAAGGGUAAGAUUUUCCCUCAGCCUCCUUGUUGAAAUAAUGGUUUUUGAAGGUCCUCUCCUAACACAUUGAAUCUGAUUCAAGUUUCUAUUAAAAUCAAGAUGUCUAUUUCAGUUAGGUAUAAAGGGUUGAAGGGUAAUGAAGACAAGAGGAAAAGGAAAUCCCUAGCUAUUUUCCCUAUAAAGAUCUUGAGGGUUUUAACUAAGGAGUCUUCUUGAGAAAUAAGCUAUGGAGUCCCUAAGAGGAAAAAAAGAGUCCUUAUCCUAAAGAUUGACAGCAGUUGAGAGAAAAGAUCUUCUGUUUCUCAGGUAAAAGAAUUGAGAAAUUUGUGUGUCUUUAUAGCCAAUGGUAGUUCUCAGCUCCAGGAGCCCAAGAGAAGAGCUCUUGCCUUUCCCCCAACUGCUUUUUGAGCCUUGCUGGAAAAUUCCAUAGAUUCCAUAAGAUUAUCUGCCAUACACAUUAACACCACAGUUAGGGAAACGCACACAUGUGCACAUUAAUCUGGCAUGAGAAGAAAGAAAAUGAUCUAGCUCAUCAGGCAACAUAAUAAGAGGACUUCCAGAACAGUAGGAAGUAUAUGCAUCAACACAAAACACAAAAAUCACACUGACUCUAGGGACUGCUUCGUACGUAAGAACAGCCCAUGAAAAUUGUACAUUUGUAAAGAAAUCUCUGGCAGAACUCAUUCAGGCAAAAAAGGGUAAUAUCUUUUCUGUCUGGAUGACUUCAAAACACAGACUAUGUACAUGUAUUCAUAUAUAUGUGAUAUGUAUGUAUUUGUAUGCAUAUGUGAUAUUUUGUAUAGGAAACACGGCUACAUAUGUAGAGUACUAACAGUCUAAUAAACUAACCCAAAAGAGGAAAAAAUUAACAUAUGAACCCUUAACAGACAGGGACAGAUAGUUAAGGAGAAAAGGGAAAUUCUAGAACAUAGUGAGGUAGCAUCACGGACAGAAUAAACCAUAUUUUAAAAAGAUAAAAGAAUAGCAUAUAUCUAGAGGUUAUAAAAGUAUUACAGUUAGAUACGCAUUAGAGGUAUAAGGUGUAGGAAAGUAUCUGUUACUCAAUAGUUACUUAUUGCAUUGUGUUUUUGCAGAGACAAGCAUUGUACAUACUGAUACAAACCUUAAAAACUAGAGAGAAUUUGUUACAUCGCACUAAAAACCCUUAUACCAUACACGCAACCUAAACCCACUUUCCCACCACCCAGAUCUUGGCAGAAGACAGGUUUCAGUAUAGUAUAUAAAUAGGUUAGGCUAAGAUUUCUUAUUUUGGGAGAGGGAUAUUAAGGGGAAAUAGCAAAUAGACUAGAUAGAUGAGCCUAGGAAUAGGAUUAAGGUAAGUAAUUCUCUUGGGAUCAAGAUGACACCAUUCAUGUGAGAGGUGAAAAUCCAGAGACCUUUUGAAAUGGAAGAAAAGCCUGGACAGACUGCUAAGAUUCCAGGAGCAAUGGGGGGAAGGUGGAGGUUUGGAAUCUCAUGGAAGGAACAACCGAGGCAGGGGCAGUUGAUUUUGAGACUGCCAAGGAGAAGGUCCACUUUUGGCUGGAUCCUGAUCCAAAGAAACCUUUUCUUUCCCUGAACUGAUGACAAUCCUCCCAAACCAAGGAGUGGGUAGAGAAUUGAACAGAAAGGAAGUACACCAGAAGACUCACCCCCACCUCCUCUCACCUUGAUUCGGGACACCUGCUGUGCUGUGCCAAAAGCCAGGGUUCAGCACUCUGAACCCCUCAGGGGCUUGGGCCAUCAAGUCUCAGUCACCUCACUAAAGGGGAAGGUUUAGUUAGUCAGCGAUCCCUCCUUCCUUCUUUCUCCUGCCUCUGUCAGCCUUGCUCCACCUCACCCUCCACUCCUGUUUAGAAUAAACUUGUUACUAAACUUCAACUGACUCCAGACUGAGGGAAAGGCUGUUACAGCUGAGGGGAGAGAGAAGUGAUCUCUCCCGCUGGAAGAAAGAAACUUGCUGUUUAGAAAGAGCCUGGCAGUGGGGAGUGAACCAGCAGGCUUACUGAGGGGCCAUAACUAGGGAGGACUGAAGGAGGAAAAAGAUUCACCCUCCUUCUACCUGGUGGUUCCAACUAACAUGAAGUACUCCUUUGUCUG